UUACUGGCAUCCCUUUACCCGAUUGAAUAUUGAAGCCCUAAUUCAUCACUGAACUAAAAAGGGGAUUUUUUUUAAUUUGUUUUUGGAGCUUAAAGUUUAAAAAGCAUAUUAGAGAAACCCCAUUUGGUUAAAAUUCAAGAAUUUGCAGCUUAAAGGUUUUUAGUUCAAAUCCCAGACACUACGUGAUCAGGUUUUUCUCCGAAAAAAGAAAAAGAAGGAAGAGUUUGUUGCCCUUUUUGGCUCUGUGGUCAUGCACACUACUUCAUGAUGGGAACUGAAGAUAAAAUGCUGUUUUGUUUCUGCCAUUGGGGCGGAAAGAACGAAGUGCUUCCAGAUGGAUCCACUUCGUAUGUGGGAGGUAUUACCGAUCAGAUUAUUGUGAAGACAGGCAUAAAGUACAAUGAUUUUGUGAAUGCAGUUUUCGACCGAUUAGGGAUUGAUCCUUCGGAUAAAGUCUUGCAGUUUACCGUGAAGUUUGAUAAGGCUCAAUUGAUACGACUUAGAGACCAAGAAGGUGUCGAUACUUUGUUGCAAUUUAAUGACGGUUUUGCCCAUGUUUAUGCCUCAAGUUCGGAGAAGGAGCCUAAUUCUGCAGUUGCUCCUAAUAUGGCUACCACUAGGGUUUCAACCACUGAGAUCGAAGCAGUUUCUCUCGGAAGUGCUGAGGAAGAACAAGUGAGUGCCGAUACUCCAAUUCCCUCCCCUUCACACCAAUGGAUCACUGAUGGAACUCCAGAUGCUGCUGCCAACUGGAGUGAAUUACUUGUUGGGGAAGGACAAGCUUUCGAGAACGCCGAUGCUUUUAGGCUAUCAGUUUUCAAGUACUCGAUCGCGAAUAGAUUUCACUACAGGAUUUUGCACAACAAACCUAGAUAUAUUAGCAUACAUUGUGCUUCCGAUGGCUGCCUGUGGAAAGUAAGUGCUGGGAUCGAGAAAAAAUCUCAAAAUGUUUCCAUUAGGAAAUUUGUUGAUUCUCACUCGCAUCCUCCUCUAGAUUCAUCGCAACUUAAGCCUCGUAUCAGGAUGAAGUGGUUAGGGGGUAUCAUGCAAGAAGACAUAUUGGGAAGUCCUGAUUGUUUGCCUCGUAAAGUGUGCGAGGAUGCUGAGAAGAAUUUGGCGAUCAAAUUGACCUACCGUCAGGCUUGGAGUGUAAAGCAGAGGAUUCGUGAGGCAAUUGAUGAGAAGUCAGGUGAAUCCUAUAAAUUAAUCCCCUGGCUAUGCAAUCGGUUAACCGAAGCAAUGCCCGGAACUAUUGCUACAUAUUCAUGCACCGAGGAAAACAGAUUCAAGCGGCUUUUUAUGUCAUAUGAUUGCUCGAUACGUGGGUUCCACGUCGGAUGUAGACCUUUAAUCUUUAUCGACGUUUACAACUUGAAUGGGCUCCACAACAACAGCUCCUUUAUAGUUGCUUCGGCUUUGGAUGCGGAUAACGAGAUGUAUCCUCUAUCUUACGGCGUUCUCCUGUCCAUGAAUGAGGAAGAUCUUCUGUGGUUUCUAGAAAAGCUAAAGCUCGUUGUGCAGAAUCGUGAGGUCGUUGUUGUUUCUGGCACGAGUCUCCCUUUCCUCUCCAGCUUAGACAAAAUGUUUGGCCAUGAAAACCACAGCUUUUGUUUUCAUUGCAUAAAAGAGAGUUUUAAUAAAUUUGUGGACGGAAAUACUGCCUUUAAAGUGCAGGGGAGAGGUAAGGAGAUUGCAGUUAAGUACUUGACCGAUAUUGCACAUGCACGAACACUAGAUAGUUAUAAUGAAGCUCUGGGAAAGAUCUGUUCUUUCCGAAGAGAAUUGUACAAUUGGGUAAUAGCUAGCCAGCCGGAGCGUUGGUCUAAUGCCUUGUUCAGGAAACCUCGGUGGGACCAUCUGAAUUGUAAAUCUACGGAUUUUCUCAGCUCUUUUAUAGAGGAGGAGAAAUUGAAAUUUGUACAUGUCCUAGAGUUGAUGGAAACUUAUCAUGAGAAGCUUUAUAUGUUAUUACAGAGUAACAAGCUCAAAAUCGAAGAAUGGAACCCUUCGAUCGGUCCUCGGGUUGCUGAAAAGAUUUUCGAAAACCAAAAGGUCGGUGAUCACCUAGCGGUGACGGUUCUAUCUGAUAUUGAGUUUAAAUUACGGGACCUGCAUGGCAAAGAAGAAGUUGUAAAUCUCAAACUCUGGACAUGUACAUGUUUAGAGUGGCAAAUGACUGGGAUUCCGUGCAGCCAUGCAUGCAACGCGAUUACCAUGGCCAGAAUGAAUAUUUAUCAGUAUGUUGCUGAUUGGUACAAAAGGGAGACUCAAGAACAUAUAUAUGCUGAAGUUAUGGAUGAACUAGCAAAAUUUGAUAUACCACAUCCAGAUGGCAUUGUUUCUUCGGCUUCCUCAGGUAAUGACAUCGUGCUAUGUCCACUUUCACCGCGUGUUAAAAGACCUCCUGGUCGUCCCCGGAAAGAACCUAAAGGACUUCAAGUUGAAACUGUAAAAAGACCUAUACGGUGUUCAAAGUGUGGCGGGGUAGGACAUAAUAAACGUACUAAAUGCAGUUCUGUUGCACAGUAAAUAUUGUUGAAGGUAUCACCAAUUUUAUCAGUGAACCCCUUCUCCAGUUUAAGCUUGCGAUGGGGUCUUACAGAUCAAGUUUCAGAGAUAACAUUGGGUUCUUGUGAGGCACAUUAUGAGUGUAUCAGUUUUUUGCACUUAAACUGAAAAUUUGAAUCAUUCCUGUAAUACUUCUGGCUCUCGGGAGUCUCUUUGUAGGAUACUUGGCCAAAGUGUGACCCGUUAGCCCAUAAGUAAGUUCUGUGACGAAGCGGCUGUUGCUCACCCGACACGAUCAUACAAGGUCACAAUUCACCCAACACGAUCAUCCGGGGUGAACAAGAAUUAGGGAUCGGAUGCGGGCGAAAUUCCUGCCAAUGGCUGAGACACCUGUGUGAGCGUAGUCACAGUGUCAAUCCCAAGCCCCAGGUUGCAGUAGGUUGUUAGCCAGAGUAAAAUUAGUCAAUGUACAGAAUAUAUUGUUGGGAUGUGCUUAUAUAGGCCUGUGUUUUCAUGUUAGUAGAAAAUAUAGAGAAUUUCUAGUUAUUUUAAUAUUUUUAUUUUAUUUUGUAUAACAUGAGAUGAGUUUAAAUGGAGCGAAAUGUUCAAUGAUGAUUUAUAUAGUUGGCUCCAACUUCUUUGCAA